AUGGAGCUUUUGAUGGAAUAUGACAGUGAUAGUGACUCUGGUGAGGCUAAUACACAAGAGUUGCAAAAUGGUAGUCGCUCAGUGUACCUUAUUACGUAUAGUCAAGCCGAUAAAGCAGUAUUUCCAACACGGAAAGACUUUGCUUUAGAAGUUGAGAAGUCCUUUUCGACUGGCAAAGUUAAGGUCGUGCAAUGGUGUUGCUCAGAGGAGGAACACAGAAAUAAAGGAAAACAUUACCAUAUAGUGGUAAAGCUUACACAAAACCAGCGAUGGCUUACCUCUAAGAGGUUCCUAAUGGAAAAUUACGGCGUAAGUGUCCACUACUCGAGUGCCCAUCACGACUAUUACAGUGCAUGGAGAUAUGUCACGAAGUCGGAUAAAGAUUUUGUACAAAGUGAAAACCACCCCCGUCUACGAGAGGCUCCUAAACCAAAAACGACUAAUGCGAGCCGGGCCAGAUGCAGCAAGAGGAAAGUGAAACGUCCAGCUCGAUAUUCUAGUGCCCAGGACACCUUGCUCGAAGAUGAAGACGAAGAAGGAGAGAGGCCAACCGCCAGGAAACGCAAAAAAAGACUAACAGCAUUCGAGGUGUCGCAGAUCAUGGUAGAGGGGAACAUUAAGAAUUUGAUUGAGCUUCAAGCCCUUGCGUUUGAACAAAAAGAGGAAGGAAAAACUGAUCUGGCCGAGUUCCUAGUCAAUCGAAAUUCUCGAGCAGUUGCUGAUAUGAUGCAAUCUACAUGGGAGAUAGAGGAAGCGAAAGCUAAAUUGGAGAGAGCAAAGAAAACAAGAAUGGAACUGCUACAGGAGGCAAGACGGAGUGAAUGUGCACAAGGUUGUAACGGCGAUUGGUUAAGUUGUGCUGAAGAGAUUCUUCACAAUAAUGGCUUAUCAGUAGAGUACUUCGGCGAAGUCGUACGCGAUCUAUUAAGCAAGGGCCGAGGGAAGUUCCGAAAUAUAAUGCUAACAGGUCCAGCAAAUUGUGGGAAAACGUUUCUCCUCAACCCUCUCACACUUAUUUUCAACACCUUUUGCAACCCAGCUUCGGGCACUUUCGCAUGGAUUGGGGCGGAAACAGCAGAGUGUAUCUUUCUCAAUGAUUUUCGCUGGUGUCCACAGCUGUUGCCAUGGCACGACUUGCUUUUGUUGUUGGAAGGCCAUGUAGUUCAUUUACCGGCACCCAAAACCCACUUUUCCAAGGACAUAACCUUCGAAAAUGAUACCCCAAUAUUUUGCACAAGCAAGAACCCAUUGGUUUUCAUAAAAAAUGGCGUUAUUGAUGAGCGAGAAACCGAAAUGAUGCGUGUGCGUUGGAAAUUAAUCCAAUUCAACUAUCAAAUCCCGCCAAACACCCAGCGGGACAUUACGUCAUGUGCACGUUGUUUUGCAACGUUAAUAUUAGGCUAAUAUUCCAACUAUUUCAUCUGAAUUUUUUUAUAGAACGGUUAACCUACUAAAAACUUUAUGGUUGUCUCAUAAAAGCACGGUAAACAGGCGUUUUUGACGGUAAACGACCAACUUACUAAAAUAACAAUGAUUGAUCUCUAAUCUAUUAUUAGAAAUCGUAGUUUGGGCUGUUUAUCGUGUUUUUCGAGAGCAAAUGCUUGGUUAAUCGUGCAAAAUGUUUCUAUUUGUAGUUUGUUGAUCAUUACCGUAGGAAUUAAUAUAUAUAGAACAAUACAGAACGAGAAAAAUGGUUAA